AUGGAGGAGUUGGACUUAUUAAUUCUGGAACAUAUUUCCACGGAAGUCGAAGGCGAAGACGGCUCAAAGACCCUGAUAAAACCAAAUUGUAAGACCGUAUUUGGAAGAGGAACAAGUAACCGGAUAGUGUCUCGACAUCACGUGUUGUUCGAGCUCGAAACGCCGGUUGACAGCCCCGAGACCCAACCAGAGCUUAGGGUCUCUUUCCAGGUUCUGGGGAAGAAUCCUGUGUGGGUAAGGAGGAAAAGCAACGGAGAGAUUGAAAUUUUCAAGAAAUUCGACAAGGGCGAAGCGACCGCCGGUGAUUCCUUGUGCUUUUUUGGUAAAACCCCCCGUGUGUUUUACUUUGAAGAGAUGCCAAAUGUAGAUAUAUCAGACAUUGAUCCUGUUAAAGAGUUUGGAUUUAUUGUGAUGGGGAAAGAGUUUGAUCAGUAUCCAAAGCAAAGGAUCCGUGAUAUGAAGCAUUGGGACUGGUUCCUUGAAGAAGCUAGGGAAGAUAGUGAGGAUGAUGAAAGGAGGAAGGGUGGAAGGAAGAAGAAAAGAAAGAAUGAAGAGAAUGGUGUUGAUGAUGAUUGAAGAGCCGAGAGUGAUGAUGAGGAGAGGUUAAUUGCGAAAACGAGAAGAGUUUCAAGACCGGUGUCCUCGACAAGAUCAAAGGACAAGAAUAACAAACAAAGAGAAGAUACCAAAAAUCCACCUGUUGGAAGGAGAGGUAGCAAUGCAGAGGAAGAUGAUGGAAGGGAAGACGAAGAUACAUUGGGAGGAUUUAUUGUAGGUGAUGACGACGUGAAGAUGGAAAAAGAAGUAAGCAGUGAAGAAGAAGAAGAAGAAGAAGAAGAAGAAGAUGAUGAUGAUGAUGAUAAGUAGGCUAAGAAGGUACAUGGACGAGGGAUGGUUAAAGGUACAUCUGUAAUAUGUAACAUUAUUACCGAUAGAGUUAUGAUGUUUUUAAUUUAAGGGUGCGGUGCUAACAAUUUGAGUAAUAGGGUGUCUAAACAGAUGCAAAAAACACUGUAAUACUUGGAAAUGGUAAAUGGCCUUAGUUCAUGAUAUUUGGCCUCUUAAAAUGUGAAAAGAGAAUGAAUCACCCAUUUAUUAGUAGUGGAA